AUAACCACUGCGAUUUUUUCCCCGACAGUUUGCAACAGUUUUUCCCUGACGGUUGGCAGCACUACACAGAAAUUUACCGCCAAUUCGAUCUGUCAAGAACAUUCGACAUAUAGGUUACCGAGUUUCGUUUUUUGCGGAUUCAUAAUUAAGUUCGAUUUGUUUGAAGAAUUAGUUUUUUGUGUCUCAAGUGUAAGAAUGGAUAGAAAAUCGAUCAUUUUGAAAAAUGCCCUUAUUUUAACGUACUUAAACAUUCCAAAAUACGAAAGUACCAAAGGGUUAAGAGUAAGCGAAAUUGAUAUUCUUCUUUUAAAUUGCCAUAAAUUAUUUAUUGAAAAUAAGAAUAAAACUGUGGAAAUAAAUAAUUAUUUCACUGAUAAUAAAACUGAUAAUUUAUUUAAUAAGGAGCCUAUUAUAAAAAACAAAGUAAAAGAUGUAUAUAGGGAUUUAAUUAAGGAACACGAUAGUCCAACUAACACUUUAUUUCAAAAUAAUUCUUUAAAAGCAAGUUUCUAUGAGGACAGUGGCAAUGAUUUUAUUUCAGAAUCAGAAUAUUUGACAAGUAGUGUUACAGAUGAUCUAUCUUCUGACAUAAGUGAAGAAAAAAAGAUCCAAAGUUUUGACUAUCAAGCUUUUUCCAAAGGAAUAUAUUUAAAUAAUAAAAAAGACAUUAAAAACAGAAAUAAAAUAAAUGAAUCUGGCGAAUUAAUUUUUAAGAGUAAUAAUUCAACUGACAAUUUAUUUGAAAAUAAAUAUUUAAAACCAAGUUUCUAUGAGAACAGUGAUUAUAUUUUAGAAUCAAAAUAUUUAACAAGUAGUGUCACAGAUGAUGAUGUAUCUUCUGUUAUAAGUGAAGAAAUAAAGAUCCAAAGUUUUGACUAUGAAGCUGUUUCCAAAACAAUAUAUUUAAAUAAUAAAAAAGAAACUAAAAACAGAAAUAAUACAAAUAAAUCUAGCAAAUUAAUUUCCAAGAAUAAUAAUUCCAUUGACAAUUUAUUUGACAAAGAUUUAAGUAAAAAUUUAUCUGAGUCUUCAGAAUCCAGUUUGUAUGAAGACAGUGGCGAUGAUUAUAUUCCAGAAUCAGAAUAUUUAACAAGCAGUGAUUCAGAUAAUUUAUCUCCUGAUGGCUUCGAUGAAGAAAUAAAGAUUAAUAAUUUUAACGUUGUUUCUGAAGCAAUAUAUAUAGAUAAAACUAAAGACAGAUUAAAUGAAGUUAAAAAAAAGUUUGAGAAAAGGGAUGAGAUACAAAUUCAAGAAAUUUUAGCAAUAAAAGUAGGUGAUAAACGAAGAAAAUUUCUUUUUAAUAAACUUAGAAAUGAAGGGAACUUUCUAAAAGGUACUACUGAAGAAAAUAUUGUUCCAGUAAGAAAGCUGACUGGGUUCAACUCUGAGUUACCAAGUUCAUUAUCACAUCUUCCGUGCAAAUAUUGCAGGGGAUUUUACAAAAAAGAAUAUCUUUACAAACAUGUUAAGACAUGUCCUCACAAUUAUGAUGAUAAAUCCACAAAAUGCAACGCACAAUCUGAAGGUCAAUCAUUGUUUUCUGCUUAUGUAAAAGAUGACAUAUUGCGUAAAGAAGUAUUCCCAACAAUGAGAGCAGAUUCAAUUUCGUUUGCAGCUAAAACAGAUUCUUUAAUAUGUGCUGUGGCCAGAAGAUAUUUACGAAGUCAUCGUGAGAAACAAUUCCGGUUGGUUGCUUCAAGAAAAAUGCGACAAUUAGCUACCUUGCUCAUAGAACUAAAAAAAAAAAUAAAUGUUAAAAACUUGAUGGAAGCACUAGAUCCAUUAAAUUUUGAUCAAAUUGUGGAGUGUACGAAAAUAAUUUCUAAAUUUGAUUCGGAAACUGAAACGUAUGGAGCUCCAUCAUUAGCAAGUAACAUGGCUACUCUGAUAAAAGAUAGUAUUGAUGUUGCCUAUACAUUAAUACUUAAAAAAAAUCGUGGUGAAUCUCCCAAAACCAACAGAUUAAAAACUCUAAAAGAUAUUAUCACAAGAAAAAGUUUGGAUGAAAUUAAUAUUAAUUUAGAUAUUAUAGAAGAUGACUCGGAAGAUGAAAAUGAUGAAGAUCAAAUGAAUAACGAUAUAGUUGAAACACAAUCGAUUAUCCAUAAAAUUAAUGAAUUUAAAAAAUUAGCUUUGCUCAGUUUCCAAGCAGUGGAAAAUGGAAAGAGUCCACAGUAUAAAGAAAUUGUUGCCAAAAUGGUUAAGGACUAA